CUAUCGUAUUAAUCAGUCAAGACACUAAACAAAUUGUACUUAUAUGUAGUACGCACUGUUUAUAAACAAAUUGACCUUCUGUAUAGUGUCCCUGGGAUGCAGAUAUCUUAAAAUUCAAUCAAGUCCGUUAACGUUGGUCGCCAUUUUUACCAAGUACAUUCGACUUCCGGCGAGGAUAGGAGACCGACAUUAGGCCUAACGUUGUAGGCUAGUGCUGUUUUGGACAUACGAGAAGAACAUAUCUUAUACAUACAAGCCUGCGAGAUCAAAUUUUGGAAGAUAUUGCCAGAACUUUGCUAUGGCAGGCAGUGGAGCUGUAGAUUCAAGUCCGCAAGGUGGAUAUCCUGUAGACAUUUUUCCUGGGGGUUUCGACGAGAAGUUUCGUUGCAACUCCUGCACGAAAAUACUGAGGGAUCCUGUGCAGUCUUUCUGUGGUCACAGAUUCUGUAGGAGCUGUAUCCAGGAGGUUAUAAGGCAAGGUGAAAGGGUCCAGUGCCAGUCCUGUAUUAAUGAAGGUGCAGGUGAUGAUGAUGAUUACAGCAUACUCAAGGAGGAACAGAUGUUUCCUGACAAUGGUGUUCGACGAGAGAUGGCCAAUAAGGAAGUGACAUGUAUCAACCCAGGCUGUAGCUGGACGGGUGUUUUCAAAAACUAUAAUGAUCAUGUACGUGACUGUGAAUACCGAACAAUUGAGUGUCAAGAGUGUAAAACUUUGGUGGAGAAGGUUAACAUGGAAAAGCACCUGAAGGAGAGUUGUUUGGGUCGCAAGAUAAAUUGUAAAACUUGUAACCAAGAAAUCGCUCUGAAAGAUGAAGCACAACACAAUAAAACUUGUUCUAAGGCCUUGGUGAAGUGUGAAGCCUGUGGGAAAAAGAAAAUAUUGAGAGAAAAGUUGGCAGUCCACCAAGAGAAAGAGUGUGCUAACCAGAAAAUCAGCUGUCCUGUUGGCUGUGAACCUGUUGAGAGAGGUGCUUUUGUCGGCCAUUUGGAGAGAAAGUCUGGCAUACACAUCCAGUGGAUGCUGCAACAGAUUGAUGCAUUGAGUCGUGAGGUAAACAAUAAGAUCCAGGCCCUGACACCAAUGGAUGAAGUCAACCGCAUGGCCCAGAUGAUAACAGUGUUGCAGGCCAAGAUCCAGGAACAGGAUAACCAGAUAAGGACACUCAUGGACCGCAAUGCUGACCAGCCAAGGGGCAAUAAUCAUCACGAAAUACUCGCACUCAACAAGCAGACCAAAGCACUUGACUUGAAGACAGGAACAUUUGAGGGGAUUGUCACAACUCUCCACAGGGAGAUUGAGAGGUGUAUCACUGCACUCGACACACUGGAAAGACACAGAGCAACUGGACAGGAAGUCAAUGAAGAAUUCAGGCGAAAAAUGCAACAAAUGGAACGAGCUGUUUCUGUAAAGGAUGUCACCAUCUCAGAACUAGAUAGCAGGAUCAGAUCGCUAGAAAUUAUCAGUUACGAAGGCACCCUGGUGUGGAAAAUCUCUGAAUGGUCAAAACACAGACGAGAGGCAAUGGCUGGCAGAGUAACUAGUUUGUAUUCUCCACACUUCUACACAGGAAGAACAGGCUAUCGUUUGUGUGCACGACUGUAUCCCAAUGGGGAUGGCAUUGGCAAGAAAACACAUGUCUCUGUGUUUUUUGUUGUAGCACGCGGGAAUUAUGAUGCACUGCUCUCUUGGCCAUUCAUCCAGAGAGUGACAUUCAUGCUGCUUGACCAAAACAAUAGAGAUCAUGUUGUAGAUUCCUUCCGACCCGAUCCAGCCAGCAGCUCCUUUCAAAGACCAACCACAGAGAUGAACAUUGCUAGUGGAUGUCCCCUGUUUAUGCCUCUCAAAAAAUUGGAAGAGGUUGGAACCUCUUACGUGAAAGACGAUACGCUAUUUCUCAAAAUUGUUGUCGAUUCUGAAAGGCCGGCUGGAGGAGGAGCAGUGUAGGAUUUUUAUGGGUUUUUUUACCAAAUGUAUAAUGUUUUAGGUCACCUGCCUGAAGGGUGACUUUAUGCUGUGGUGCAGCGCACGUCUUCUGGCCGUCUGUCUGGUGUCAUCAUUGCCCUUGAAACAGCUUUUCCUCAAAAAUCAAGAGGUUCAGAGCCUGUAACAUGCUGGUGUGAAGGGCUACGAAAUUUUUCCAAAUUAAAUGUGUUAACAAUUUUAAACAACGAUUUCUCGAUAACAAAGAGACCCAGAGACCUGAUUUUGGGCCAUUGUUAUGAUUGGAAUGGAGGGCUACAAAAUUAAUUUGAAUUCAUAAAUCUAGCCUACUCUGAUAUUUGAGUAAACUUGUAAUCAGCUUAGUAUCUUCAUAAAUGACCUACAUCAACUUCUAUGUUGUAUCAAAAGCAGGUGAGCGACACAGGCCCAUUGAGCCCCUUGUUUCAGUAUGUGGAUAAGGAUUAGAGAAACCAGUCUGCUGAAAACCUACUGUGUAUACGCAUGUUUUUGUGCCAAGUUCAUGUGGUUCUGCAUUGGCAGAUUUGGAAAAAGUUAAGGUUAAAGAAAACCGACAAGUAGCAGUGAAAAGAGACUUGAAUUUAUGUUUUAUUGUGGUUUUAACUUACUUAUGUUACCGUACUUUUGAUUGACAUUGACUGUAUUUUGUUGAUUAGUGUACAUAUUUAUAAUGUAUAUAUUGAGGCAUAGAAAUAAACAGUACAGUAAAAGCA